GAUUAGCCAUUCGCAUACGUCGAUUAACGGACAGUCUAUAUCCGGGUUGCGUCCUAGGUUAACGAUACAUAAAUUGGAGAUUUCCGAAUUCCCUGUUGUUUUGAACGCGUAACUUUACUCAACAUAAAGGCAUUGCUUCUUGACUUCUACAUGUAUUUUGCUUUUUUUCUUCUAGGUAAAUUGUCGCACGUAUUAAUAAAAAACACUCACAUGCAGGACGUCGUAUGUUUUCUACUGCCGCGUUCAGGUGCUAGUCUGAAUUAAGAAACGUAGUCAUUUUCUGACUUGCUACCUGGUUGUAAAUCAGAAAAGGCGGCACAUGUGUACAUACAAACAGUUAGCAGUUGUUAUUCCACUAAAGUCUGAUCUGCACAACACGAAGCAGUGGUCGUUUAAAAUAUUGAGCUAUCGAACGGAGUCCGAGCUUCCUUGGCGUUACAGGGAUACACAUGGUGUAAUGGUUCACACGUCCAGGGAAACACAUGCUGAUCUGCUUUUCCACUGCCACCAUGGCCCAAAAGCUGGUAAUAAUCGACACAGAUGCAGGUAUAGAUGACGCCCAGGCGAUAAUGAUGGCCGCGGCCGCUCCAAGCCUGCAGAUCCUGGGGAUAACAUGCUGCUUCGGAAAUACUGAUGUGGACAACGUCUGUCAGAAUGUGCUGCUGGUGCUGUCUGUCUGUGAACGCACACAGAUUCCAGUGUUCCAGGGUGCUGCUGGUCCCCUGGUGGGGGCCACCAAGGCUUUCAGCGACCACUUUGGGACUGACGGGCUGGGAGAUGUGCUGGAGGACAGAGACCCACAGUGGAAGGAGAAGCUCCAGAGAGAGCAUGCUGUUAAUGCCAUGAUCAGACUGGUAGCUGCCAACCCUAAACAGGUGUCCUUGGUGGCUCUUGGGCCGCUCACCAACCUGGCUCUAGCCAUCAGACUGGACCCUUCUUUCCAACAGAACCUGAAGGAGCUCGUCAUUAUGGGAGGCAACAUGGAGGGUAAAGGGAAUGUAUCUUUAUGUGGAGAGUUUAACUUUGUGAUGGAUCCUGAAUCUGCCUUCAUUGUCCUGGAGGAGUACCUCUGUCCUACACGCAUAGCAUCAUGGGAGUAUUGCUGUAGGAAUAAACUGGAAUGGGAAUUCUUUGAAAAACUGAUUAAUGAGGACACGCCUGCUGGUCGCUUCAUGAAGAUGAUCACGUCCAAGUGUUGGGGUUAUUCCAAGGAGGCCAUGCUGAGUAAGAGGGAUGUGUACUUCGGGCCUGGCUUUGUCUCCUACGAUGCUUAUGCAGUGGCAGCGUGUAUAGACAGCUCUGUGGUGACGGAGAGUAUAGAGUGUGCCGUCAGGGUGGAACUACAGGGGGAGCUAUGCAGAGGGAUGAUGGUUCUGGAUCAGAGGAACAAACUGAACAAAAGCCACCGUGUUUCUGUCAUGAAGACCUGUGAUCUGACCAAGUUCAGGCAGUUACUCAUGGCUUCCCUUAAACAACCCUGUAGGAAGUAGGCUACGAGACGGACCAACCUGAUGUCGGCCAUGCGUUUGUAGAUCACCUGCUGGGUGAUGACAAAAGGUGGAGAUAUAGCUGCAAGCAGCAAUGAACGGGGUUCACAGGAUGACAGAAAGGAGACUAGAUCAGUUAGUGCUUGCUUUUUUUAUCUAUCUGCCAAAAGUAAUGGAAGCAUGAAUGAGGGAUACAAAGUAUAUUGAAAGCAGGUGCGGUUCCUGAGUUAAUUAUUGUCCCAUUCUUCAAUGGGUUUUGAGAAGGAGAGGAUGCAAUUGAGAUUCUCUAGGUCAAAUGGGAUGGCGGAUAUGAGGGUUUAAGUGAGACUGCGCAUAACAGCGCCACCCACCGGCCAAUCCGUGCCACUUUUUUUGUACCAAUCUAUGCAGGAGUUGUUUGACAGUGUGAAGAAAACAUUUUAAUCAGAUAACAUGUUUCACAGCUUAUGUUGUGGGGUCACAGACGAUAAGACGGCAAUCCCACAGCCAAAGUUUGUGUUGGUCCAUCUUGUCUGUAAGUAUCUUCUCACAGCCUCUAGGGUGGACUGGCCCAGAGUCUGAGAGAGACUUACACAUACAGGUAUAAGACAUUAACUAACCCAGACAACACAUCAAACACUCAGGGCCUUAUUUUCACAUCUGAUUUGUACCGUUUAAUCAAAUAAAAUGCAUUUUAAUGAG